AUGGCGCCGCUGGCAGAUCGCGGAGCCGUCGGCUUGGCGCUGGCGGCCAUCAUAAUCGGCGUGCGCAGGAGGCGGCUGCGCAGGGCGGGCGGUGGCCGUGCAGGGGCCGACGGUGCUUCCCCGCGCGACAAGGCGCCGCCCUCUUCGCUGCCGUCCUCCGACGACAAUCCGGAUGUCGUCCCGCAGAAGGAAGAGGCUGUGCUGCCGGUGGCGGACCUGAAGGCGCUGCAGCAGUACGGGCUGCUGCUGCAGGAGGCUCGCCGUCCCGCUACGCUGGUGGACAGCGCGGCACAGACCACCGUCAUCUACGGCGCCUCCUCCACAUUCCCCAUGACGGAGGCAGUGGUGCUGGCGCCGUGUUGGGCAGCGGGGGCGGCGCCGCUGCCAGGGGGCGGUGCCGGGCCUCCGGAGGCGGCGCUGCCCAGCGUCACGACGCCCAAGACGCCGCGGCACGACGCCGGCACGCAGACGCCACUGCCCUCCAGGCACAAGGAGAGCGCCGUCUAGCCCCCGACAGCACCUCUCCACCGCCACUGAGUGGAUGGGCAGCGGUAGUUGGAGGCAGUGGCGCAGUCGUGUAUCGAGGCAGUGCAGACGUUGCCAGCAGGUUUUCCUACGAAUAACCUAGCACUGCACGACAGCUGUGCGACACGUCUGCAACAUACAAUUGUGAUAAAGACUGACGCCCAUACAAAAAAUUAUAUUUUUGUUUCAAAACGAGAUAUA